UAGAAAAUGAGUAAAUGGGAUUGCCAAUGAGACUAGAGACACUGAUUAAAAAACUUGACUUUGGCGAAAUCAAAAAGGACCGCCAUUACAAAAGAAAAUGAAUGAAAUAGAGACACUGAGCAAGUAAUCACUACGUUAUAACUAGAGAGAGACAGUGUACCCUAUCGGACUAUCUGAUUCUGUUAUUCUGUUAGUAGGAAAUAAAAUCAGUAGGUACCGUACGUAAGUUAUUCCUUUAAUUUACUAAAGAUUUUUAUUACGUGUGGUGUAAUUCAUUAUUGUUGUUAUGGAGUUUGAAAUUGAAAUUGAAUCAAAAAGUGUAACUCAGUCUAAUGCAAAAGAUCCCAGUUUUGGUGUAAAAAUGGAAUUAGAAAAGGAGUUAACAAAAAAAUUUUUAUGUGGUGAAAUGUCGUUUGCUGAUUAUUCUAAUGAAUGGUAUUAUAACGAUGACGAAGACGGUGAAAAUGUUGAGAUCGAUAAAGAAUACGAAUAUGAAGAAGGACAUCAGUCUACCACAUCCAAAGAUAAACAUCAACAAAGAAGACGGCGUUUCACUCAUCUGCCUCCUGCACUCCUGGGUCUUAUGGGCGAAGCUAACUUGCGCUUUGCUAGAGGAGAUAAAGAAACUGCCGAGCAAAUGUGUCACGAGAUCAUAAAACAAGUUCCAACAGCCUCAGAGCCAUAUCAGACUCUAGCUCAAAUUUAUGAAUCUGAUGCAGAUAAAACACUACAAUUCUCUUUAUUAGCAGCUCAUCUGAGUCGUUCAGAUGCAAACGAGUGGCUUAGGCUUGCCACUAUUUGCAGUCAGAGACAAGAAAUUAGACAAGAAAUGAGCUGUUACAACCAAGCGAUUAAAGCAGAUCCACAGAAUUUAAGCAUACAUUUAAAAAGAUUAGAACUUUUAACUGAAAUUGAGGAACAAGGAAAUAUUCCAAUUCAUACUUUAAGUAUUACCCGAGUGAAAUGCUACCAUAAAAUAGUAUCUUGUAUGAAAGCAACUGAUGGUGAUACUAUCAUGAAAUAUGCUAGACUAGCUGCCAAAAUAUACCACAGUAAUAAUGAAAUAGAGCGAAUGCUACAGGUUUUUGGUAUUGCAUAUAAAAAAUGUUCAUCACUUUUCACUUUAGAAGAUGUUAAUAUAUUUCUAGAAGCUCUAAUUAGUCUUAAACAGUUUGAAACAUGCUUAGAGAUAUUUGUGGCCGUUCUUGGUGUGGUGAUAGAAGCUGAAAUUAAUACAAUAAAGAAUUCCAACGGAGUUGUUGAAGAACAAACUACCUACACUAAAUGUCAAAUACCAAAUGAUUUACCAAUCGAUUUAAAAACUAAAUUACUUGUGUGUUUUAUUCAUUUAGGUGCUACUAAUUUAGUAAAAAUGUUACUAGAUGAUUUUCUUUCACAUGAUGUCGAAAAAGCUGGAGAUCUGUACAUGGACAUUGAAGAAGCACUCUCUUCUGUUGGACAUCAUGAAUUAGCUAUGCAAGUUUUAGAACCAUUGGUGAAGAACACUAGUUUUGAUCUUGGAGCAGUGUGGCUUAAACAUGCAGACUGUUUAUACAAUUUGGGCAGAGAAGAUGAUUCUAUUCAUUCUUAUUAUAAAGUAUUAAAGCAUGCACCGCAGCAUCCCGAUGCCCGCUGUAAAUUGUAUUCAUUAUUGGAAAAAAAAGGAUGCAUAGACGAAGCAUUGGAUAUUUUGCAGCAAGAUUAUAAAUAUGUAGUUAGUGCUGCAUUAUUUUAUGAACAUUGUUGUGCCCUUAAAAGGCAUGGUAGACUUUUAAAAUACUUGGAGAACACUACAUUGUUCGCACUUCUGAGGUUACUUUUGCCAAAACUGGAAAGGGAGAGACCAGCGUACAAUUUAAAAGAAAAAUCCCUUGGUUCAUUGCUGGUGCGAGUUUUGGCACUAAGUAAAAAGUCGCCGGAUGCAAAGCAGUUACUACAUUUUAGAUCUGUUAGCAAUAGCCAGGAGAGCGACUUUGCGGGCGUCGUAUAUUUCAUAUUGAAAUACAAAGUUGGCACAGACGCUGAAGAACUUACUAUCGGUCAAAUUAAUGAAGCCCUUGAUAAAAUAGCUACACAUGCAGAAAAUAGAAGUGAUAUAUUAGAUCAGACAUUUAGUUAUAUUCUUAGAAAAUUGACCGCUGAACAACUGAAAUGGUUUCUCAGGAUAAUACUCAAAGAUAUGCGGCUAGGUGUAAGCGACAAUCACAUUUUAAGUUGUUUCCAUCCUGAUGCCCCCGAAAUCUACAAAAUGACGAACAGUCUUAGUAAGGUAUGUAAAGAGCUUGAAGAAGACGAAAGUCGCCCUACGGAGCUAGGGUUACAGCUAAAUUACGCUGUAACUCCGAUGUUAUCCGAACGUCUAGACGUAACCGACGUGCCGCAAUACUUGUCCCCCGAUAAGACAUAUCAUAUAGAGAAAAAGUUUGACGGCGAAAGAUUUCAGAUGCACAUGAAAGACGGUGUAUUCAAAUAUUUUUCGAAAAAAGGUCAUUCAGAGAGUUUCACAAAGACAUACGGGGAAACCUACAAAGAAGGGUUGCUGACACCGUUUUUAAAAGAUAGUUUUGGUAGUGACGUGAAGAAUUUCGUUAUAGACGGUGAAAUGAUGGGCUGGCACAAAGAAUUACAGAGUUUCGGUAGCAAGAGCAUGCCUUAUAAUAUCAAAAAAAUAACGGAAAAUUCGAAAGUCAGGCCGUGUUUCUGCGCUUUUGAUAUCCUGUAUUAUAAUGAUAAAUCUUUGGUGGGACCUCCGGAACACGGGGGCCUACCUCUUGACGAGCGCCUACCGUUGCUUGAUAAUCUAUUCAAAGAUAUCAGAGGUGUAAUACAACAUAGCGCCAGACGAGCUGUUCAUAAGAGUUCUGACGUACUGGACGCCCUGAACGAAGCCAUGCAAAACGACGAGGAAGGCAUCGUAGUGAAGGACACAAAAUCAUAUUACAUCUCGAGCCAACGCAAAGCCGGCUGGUACAAGAUAAAACCAGAGUACACAGAGGGAGUUUUGGCAGAUUUGGACUUAGUGAUAAUUGGUGCUGACGAAGCGGCGGAUAAAACGCAUGGACGCGCGAACAGUUUCGUGGUUGCUUGUGCGGAAUUAUCAAGUACCGGUCGUCCACAACGUUGGCUAUCGGUGAGCCACGUGUCGAACGGACUAACCCACGAGGAGCGAGCGGGGCUGUGUGCGGAGCUUGAGUUGCACUGGAAGAGGACCGCCGACCAUCCCCCACCGGAGCAUCUGGUCUUCAAUGAAUGCAAACCCGACUUUUGGAUCGAACCCGAUCAUUCGGCUGUGUUACAGAUUCAUGCCACGGAAUUGGUUCGUACCUCGAAGUUCGGCACGCCGUACACGCUACAGUUCCCGCGCGUCGAACGCCUGCGUCACGACAAGCCGGUCAACGACGCCAUGACUAUUGACGAAUUCAAAAAACUGAUAAAGAAUCACAGUCCCGUAAUAAAGUUGGCUGUUAACGCAAUCAGUGAAGACCAGCUAAACAAAACGCCAGCUAAAUCACCCAGAAAACGGCAGAAGAAAGUUCUUCAAGUUGCCGAACAAUUCAGAACUGGAAUACAAGAUAAAGUGGAAGUGAUAUCGAACGCUCUCGCCGGUCGGAGAAUAUGCAUUCUGUCAGACGAAGAAGACUGCAGCCGCACUGAGCUAAUCAAAAUCGUGGAGUCUCAUGGAGGACAAGUGGUUGCUAACUACGACGAGUCGUGCUGGUGCUGCGUGUCGGGGCGCUGCACGAGCGCGGUGCGUGCGUGCGUGCGGGCGCGGCGCGUGGACGUGCUGCGCGCGAGCUGGCUGCGCGCCCUGCGCCCCGCACCCGUGCCCCUCCCCCCGCCGCACCCGCUGCACGCGCUCGCGCUCUCCCCCGCCACGCGGCUGCACCACGCCGCGCGCUACGACAUCCACGCCGACUCGUACACGGAACCCGCUGACAAAACCACCCUGAUCAUGUGCUUCGAGAAAAUGGACAAAAUGCCUCAAAUCCAUUUAAUGCCCGACGAAAUGCUAGAAUUGGAUAGAACAUUAUUCGGAGGACAUACCCCACUCUCGUUCCUGCGGCCAUGUGUUAUUCAUUUCGUUGCGUUGAACGACUUAAAUGUACUCCUCGCUAAAAUGUAUGGAGCAUCCGUAUGUGAUGCGAAUGAUACUAGUUUGACUCACAUCAUUGUUCCGGAGUGCAUCGCUUCUGAAACAUUAAAUGAAAUGAAGAAAAAACAUGUCGAUACCAUAUCGUUUGUAGGUAUGAGGUGGCUCGAGGAAUGUUUUUCGCAAGCUAAAAUUAUCAACGAAACAGACUAUUUGUUUUGAUGCGCUGUCUAAACGUGAUUUGAAAUUAAUUUUAAUAAUACAAUAAUCCCAUAAUAAUACAUUUUUUGAUCAAGAAUUGAAUAUGUCUAUAACAUUGAUCCCAGCACUAGGACCCACCGAAAUCAGGGAUAACCGUAGUCACGGAUAAAACAGUUAUUUUUAUAUAUUUAAAAAAUUGCAAUACAAUCCAAAGUGACAUCAAAAAUCCAAAAUAUAAUGUUUAUAUAAUGUGAUAUCAAGUAUAUUUUAAAAUAAAUAUAAUGUAUUUUCGAUUUGCGCUUGAGCGGUAAAUAGUUUGGUGAGUUUUAAUAUUCGUAAUUGUAUUAGUAAAACAGUUACUCAUUUAAAACUAAAACACGAAUCUAUGACUUUAUUUAUCGUUUAAUGUUUUUCUUCUACGCCCACAACAUCUUUCUGCUCUUGUUUAGUUGCGUAAUUUAAUUUGUUUAUGUUGUAAUAAGACAGCGCUGAUAAAACGAAUGAUCCAUAAUUACCUAUUACUAAAUUGUAUUGUAUAAUAUCGAGGGAUCGAAAGACUAUUUAAUUUUGGUUUAAACGAUAUUUUGCAACUUUACAGGAGAGUCAUUUAAAGUUUUAAAUUUCAAAGUAAAAAUAUAACAAAAAAAAUUCAAAAAUCAA